AACUACAAGUCCCGGCAUACCAUAGUAGGCUCUGUAGCUUGGCUGUAUUGAGGCAGUGCUGGCUGUUUCCAGCAUUGCUAAGUGUCCCUGGGAAAUAGACAGAGAUAAUGUUGCCAGUUCUUGUAGGGAUAUGUUACUGACACAUUCUGUAUCCUGCAGAUCACCAUGCACCCUGACCACUGCUAGGAAAAGAGACACUGGCUUGUCCUCAUCUGAAAUCCUGAGCGUCAAUGGAGGGUCCUCGGACCUCAGCAGGCAGUAGAUCAUGGCAGUGCCCCGAUGGGAGUUUCACAAAGACCAUUCUAGAGCCAGGGUCUGGGGUGGACAAACCCAAAGAGUGUGCUAGGUGCAUGAUCUUUUUGGAACCUCUUAGUGACCCUCCAGCUCAGUCAUGCUCCUCAGCAGACGUAGGAUAUCCAGCAGGCACGUGGUUUGAAGUAGAGCUGGGGGAAGGUGACACUGGUCGGGACCGCCUAGUUGACCAAUGUCUAGAAAACAUGCUUUCUGGAGAAGUCUGCCGAGUGGACAGUGCAGCCGGGUUUCAGUUCCUCUUGCGCUUGGCAAGUUUUGAAAAUGGUAAAGAAUCUUGGGAAGUAGAUACCAGUGAGAAGAUCAGGAGGGCUAUGAGAGACCGGGAAAAAGGUGGGAAAGCGUUCAGGGAUGGAAACAUCGAAGGGGCAGAAAGACGAUACGCCAGAGCACUCAGACUUCUGGUUUGUACCCCCAGGGAAGCCGAAGAAGAGAAAGUGACCCUUCUAUCCAACCUGGCUGCUUGUGACCUCAAGAGAGGGCGGUUACGCGAAGCGGAGGAGAGGUGCACGCGAGUCCUGGACAAGGAGCCAGCCCACCUGAAAGCUCUGUACCGGAGGGGGGUGGCCCGAGCUGGCAUGUCAGAUUGGAAGGGUGCCAGGGGAGAUUUUGAGAACUUGUUGAAACUGGAUCCGGGUAACAAGGACGCAAGAAGGGAAAUUGCGAGAGUGCGUGAAAAGGAGAAGACCGAGCAGGCGCAGAUCAGCAAGGCUUUGGGGAAAAUGUUCCUGUAAAGUGUGCUUGUUGUUGUUUAAGUAGAAGCAGCCAUUUGGUGGACGGAACAAGUGUUUUGAAUACACUUGGAGAUGGCAACAUGGCUGACACAUGACGAGGCUAGUUCCUUGUAAAUUGCUUGGCUGCUUUGGCUCAGUCAGCAAAAUGCCCCCCCCUCUGUAAUUGGGUGACCGUGUGCGCUCCGGUUACUACUCUGGGUCUUGUCAGAGAAUAUGACUCUUGGUAUAUUUACCUCAGGGAUGAGAGAGAUAGACUGGUAUGCUGAGUGCUACACGGGAUGCUUGCUAAAUAUUAUGUGCUAAUAAACAGUAUUAUUUAUGUCA